UAACCAGCGCCACCAGGACUCUAGAGAUUCACUUGUUACGGAUACCGGGAGCAGCCAUGAUUCGGACUUCUUCGCCUUUGUUUGUCCUCAUACUAUUAACGGCUGUUAUCGCGGUGAUUGCUUACUCUGGAGACAAUCUGGUAAGAAAUAGAAGAGAAUGGAUUCUCCCUCCAAAGCCGCUAAUCGAACAUGAAGACUACACUGACAAGGAGUUUAUUGCCAAGAUUCGGUCAGAUGUUGCAACAUCGAAAAAGAUUGAAUACUCCCUCACUGGCAUUGGUGCGGAUCAGAAGCCCUUCCAUGUGUUUGUAGUCGACCCUGAAACAGGAUUUAUUAAGGUGACCCAAAAGCUCGACAGGGAGAUAAUCGACACGUACAAUCUGUCAGGUGUUGCUAGGUUUGUUAAUGGCGAAGAGGCAGAGAAAAAAAUUGACAUACGGAUCAAGGUCGUGGAUAUCAACGACAACGCGCCUGUGUUUGGAAAAAUAGAGCCCGGGAAGGUGAAAGAGCUCAGUCCCCAAGGGACUUCAGUUAUGAAAAUAACUGCAACCGACGCUGACGAACCAGGGAACAAGAACUCACAGAUGGCAUAUUCCAUCCUAGAACAGAACCCAUCUACUGGCAUGUUCUCCAUCGACAGAGAUGGGACCAUCCGCGUAAACAAACCUAACCUGGACAGAGAGUCGGUCGAUCAGUACACUCUGAAGGUAAAAGCUCAAGACCUAAAUGGCGAACCAGGGGGAAAAAGUGACACCAGCACGGUUACCAUUAAUAUCGAAGAUGUGAACGACAACAAGCCCUCUCUGGAACAAUCGGAGGGUGAGGGCAACAUUGAUGAGAACACAGAGAAUGUGGAGGUGAUGAGGUUCAAAGCAGUGGACCUGGACCUGGAGGGCUCAGAAAACUGGGAUUCUGAGUUUGAGAUUGUCAGCGGCAACGAGAUGGAGUACUUCAGCAUUAUAAAAGACCAUAAGACUAACGAGGGCAUCCUGAUGCUCAACAAGAAAGUGGAUUACGAGAAUACGAAGCACCUUGACCUGGGAAUAUCUGUGAAGAACAAGGCUGCAUAUCAUUUUGGAGGUUCCGGAGGUGAUAGUGCCAAUGUAGGAUUUGGAGGAGGAGGAGGAGGAGGAGGAGGAGGAGGAGGAGGAGGAGGGGGGGAGGGGAGGAGGAGGAGGAGGAGGAGGGGGGGAACAGGAGGAGGAGGAGGAGGGAUGACUGGUGCCAAUCUAGGAAGCGGCAGUUAUGAUAUUAAAACCGUCAGAAUCAAUGUGAAAAACCAGCUCGAGGGUGCAAGUUUCCUCCCCAAAGUGAAAGCCAUUCCCAUCUCAGAGGGCGGCAGCUCCUUCAACGUGAAUGAUGUGAUUGGCAGCUACCAGGCCACAGAUAUCGACACGGGGAAACCGGCCGAUAAUGUCAGGUAUGUCAAGGGCUCGGACCCUGACAACUGGCUGACCAUCGACCCAAAGACAGCUGAGAUCAAACUGAACAAGAUACCUGAUAGAGAAUCUCCGUUCCUGGUCAAUGGGACAUACAUAGCUCAAGUGCUCUCCAUCACAGACGACAUGCCUGCUCAAACAGCCACUGGCACAAUAGCCAUCCAGGUGCAGGAUUUUAAUGACAACUGCCCCAAACUGACCAGCAGCUUGAGGACCAUCUGUGCCCCAUCUAAUGCAGCUAUUGUGAACGCUAGAGAUGACGAUGCAUCCCCAAACGGGGCUCCGUUUGACUUUAUCAUCAUCCCAGAGGAAACUCAGGGCAAAUGGAACGUGGAGCAUUUCAAUGAAACUGCAGCUCUCCUGAGGGCCGAGGGGACCUUAUGGCCUGGCUCCUACGAGGUGACCCUUUUGGUGAAGGACCAGCAGGGAGUAGCCUGUCCAGAUAAACAGAAGGCGAAGAUCCAAGUUUGUACCUGCGAGGACGGGUUGGUGUGUGGGAAACGAGGCGCCGGCGGGCAGCCCAACAGGGCUGUUGAGUUUGGACCUGCAGGCAUCGGACUGCUUUUCCUGGGCCUGCUGCUGUUACUGCUCCCCCUUCUGUUGCUGUUCUUCUGCAAAUGUGGGGGGUUAGCGGGUGCGGCAGGGGACUUCGUCAAGAUGCCUUUCGACACCAAAUCACACCUCAUCAACUACCACACUGAGGGCCAGGGGGAGAACACGGCGGUGCCGCUCCUGAACAUGCCAACACAAGUGGAUAUGGGCAUGGUUAACAAUAACUUAGCACUGGCACCCAUGCCAAGUUUUGUAACCUCCAUGGAUGGGAUGAACGGGGGCACCUAUCGAGAUCGCUAUCCAAGCGGCCACGGAGAAGGAACAUGGGGGAUGACGAGCCAGACGAUCGGCAGUGGCUUGUACUCUGAGUUCGGGGCCAGAGAAUCCAGAGUAACCGGAGGAAUGAAUGACGGCAUGGCUCUGCCAGACCACAUCCUGGGACAGUACUACUCUCAGAAGGUGACCAGUGAGAACGAGAACCUUGGAGUGAAGGACGGUUUUCUGGUCUACGACUACGAGGGCCAGGGCUCUCCUGCUGGCUCAGUGGGCUGCUGCAGCCUCCUGGAGUCUGACAACGACCUGCAUUUCCUUGAUGACCUUGGGACCAAGUUCAAGACUCUGGCUGAAGUGUGCGGGGGCAAGAAGAUUCCAAUGGAAGUCAAACAGGUGUUCACUCCUCCGCCCAGUGCUUCCAUCAAUACUAUGACCUCGGUAUCAAGUUUGAUGACUGCCCAACAGCUGCCUCCUCUCCCCAAGCUGCAGCCCACCGUCCCCCAAACCGUGGUCAGGGAGACAUCUGAGAGUUCUCAGGUGAUGAAGGAAAGCACGGCCACCAUGAGGGAAGGCAUGACCACUGUGAGGAAUGGGGUGACUAUGGUGAAUGAAGGGAUGGCGAAUCAAGGCCAGAUGCUCCUGCUACAGCCGCAGCAGCAGCAGCCCAUCUACUACACCACCGGCCCUAUGCUGCAGCCGACGCACUUCGUAGUCCAGCCACAGGUUCAGAACACCGUCCUGCUGGCGGAGGCACCAGCCACCAACCUACAGGGCAUGGUACUAGUUAACGGCAGCCAGACUGGACCCGCCCAAGGCGUGGUUGUUCAGGGGCAGACGCUGAUGUCCGGCGGACAAGCCCAGGGUCCCAACAUGGUGCUGGUUGAGAGUAGCGGAAUCCACGGGGGCGGUGCCAACCUGAUCCACACUGGGAACUUCUCUGGCUCCCAGACCAUGAUGAUGGUGGAGGGCAAUGUCCCUGCAGGGUCAAUGAGCUAUGUGCAAGGGGGCACUCUGCAGCCAGGAGGGCUUUCGGGAUCCCAGAGAGUCCUGGUUGUCGGAGGGUCAACAAGCAGCGGAGGGCAUCUGGUCCAGGAGGCAGGAGGUCUGUCCAAGAAAGGUGGCAGCUCUGGCUCUCAAAGAGUCCUCUACAGCAAGGGGAACACAACCGCCGGCUCUAAGAGCACCGUGGUGAGCUCCUCGAGCACCACAGUGAGUUCAACCCCAACCUACCAAAAGGUGGUGGUGCAGGAGACCAGAGAAAAACACUGAAUGAGAGACUGUCAGGACAAGAGUGGACCUUUUAAAUGAUGCCGAUGAGACUAUUUCUUUGGCCUGCUCCUGGUGGUGAUGGGAUGCUUGUGGGACACAACAGAUGCAAGAAAGCUAAUGGAGAGAGGGCAGGUUCCCCAUACAUACUCCCUUAAAUUUGGUGACACAAUUCUCAAAAAAUGUUUGUCGAUUGCAAACGAGCAGACACACUGCAGCACAGCUACCUCCAAACACCCCCACACACAUUAAAGUACUUUUUUGACAGCUGACACCCUUUGGUGGCCAGAUUUGGCCCUUGGCGGCUGAGAUCUGUCAUUAAGGUCGAGUGUUUGGGUUUAAAGGUUUUUUUGUUUUUGUGUUGAUGCCAAUUGUCAGGCCAAUAGUGGCCUGUAGCAAAGUCACGUAUCUUCUGAUCAGAUCCACGUACCACGGCCAAACUCAAGAACUGUUUUGUCGAAAACUAUUGUGCGAGUUCAGAGUUCCUUUCAUUGGUGACGGUAGGACCUGCCCCCUUUACAUAAGCAAUGCCCCCUUCCAUGAAGCACAAACCAUUUCUGUAAAACGCUUGUUUUGGAGGUGUGUGGAUGCAUGCGUGUACAUGGUCGCAGCUGUUGCGGAUUCACUUUUUUUUCACUUUAGCCUUCUGUAAUAAGUACAUCCUGAGGUUUUGUUUUAUGUUGUCUUUUGCUCAAUUAUCUCUUGUAUAUCAUGUUAUGUUGUUUUGCACCGCAAAAAAAAAAGAGUUAAUAUUAGAAACUACUGGUAAAAAUUAUACUUCAUUUUGUCAAUUUUUAUGUUUCUGGAGUAGAAUAUAGUUUCAAAGAGUAUCUGAUAAAGAGUGACAGCCUUACAUAAUGUAGCACACAUAUUAAGAAUUA